AGUUCGCCAGUGCUGCAGCGAGCCUCGUGCUAUAUCGAGCAUAUUCUCGCUGUCUUUCUCUCUUUUCUAUUCAUCUCUUUCUCUUUUUCUUUCGUUUUCUCUCUUCCCGUCUCUGUUUUCUCUAUCUCUCUUCUCCUCGCGUUUCCUCUCUCUCUUCUCCUCUUUCACCCGAGUCCGGUCAUCAUCAAGCGAUCAGCAUCAUUUUGCUCUUCGAUCUUUCUUCAGAUAGCAUUGUCAAUGUGAUACUUUUGACACUUCGACGUUUGUGGGAACGAUAGAAAAACUGGCCAGAAAGAGAGUGAUCAUCGAGCUUGGCUCGAUGAGGAGAAGAAAGAGGAGGAGCGGACACGAUAAUGGGCAACACCUCUACGAAAAACUAUUCGAAGAACAUCUCCGUCGGUACUAGUUCGAAAAAGGCGCGUUGGGACGGUCCAGUUCUUCCAGCUCCGCCAGGCAAACCUAUUCUAAUAUCAGGAACAAAUGAGGAGCAGCCGGAAGUUGUGGCAAUACGAUGGGAAAGAUCGCCGAAUAACGGUGGAUCUGCGAUUAUUGGCUACUUAGUGGAACAUCGGCGGAUGGGAUCUUCUCAUUGGGUGCGAAGCAGUCCCGGUCUUUGUGCCUUUCCGGAAUUGAAUCUGAGCGGUCUCGAGCCGGGAUGGCGUUAUCAUUUUCGAGUUCGUGCUCAGAAUUCGCUCGGACUUUCGGCGCCGAGCGAAAUCUCCGAGCCUCUCACCGUUACCUUGCAGAAAGCCACUGUCGCGUGCGCUCCUCACUUCGAUCUGGAGCUCAAGGACACGAUCGCGCUCGAAAACGAACAAGCCGAGUUUGUUGUACAAUUUUCUGGCACGCCGUUGCCGAAGAUCUCGUGGUUUAAAGACGGUUUCGAGAUUUUCAGCAGCAGACGUACCAGAAUCAUUACGGACAACGGCAAGAGUGUUCUUUUGAUUCACCAAACCGCUCUCAAUGACGAGGGCGAAAUCAAAUGCACCGCCACCAAUCGAGCGGGCCACAUUGCUACUAGAGCUAAGUUAAUUCUCGAAGCACCACCACGAAUUCGGCUGCCGCGUCAAUAUGAGGACGGUUUGCUCUUUGAGCAGGACGAGACCAUUAGACUGAAAGUGUCCUUAGCGGGCAAACCAUCGCCUGUUGUCACCUGGUAUCACGAUGGAGAACUUGUAUCUAAAGACGCCAGACACGUGUUUGAAGUAAUGGACGGCGAGUCAGUUUUGAAAAUACCGGACGCUAAGCGAAUCGAUCGAGGAGAAUACACCGUCAAAGCUACGAACAAACUUGGCGAAGAUACCGCAUCUUUUCUCGUCACUGUGACAGAUCGACCUGCUGCUCCCGGCAAAAUUGCCGUCGCGAUGACUUUAGGUAGAUCGGUGACGCUUUCGUGGAACGAACCGGAAGACGACGGUGGAUGCAAAAUCGGAACGUAUAUUGUCGAGUACUACAGAAUUGGCUGGGAUGUGUGGCUGAAAGCAACGACGAGCAGACGCACCACCGCAACGUUGACGGAACUGAUUGAAGGUUCCGAGUACAAAUUUCGCGUGAAGGCUGAGAAUCCUUACGGAGUUAGUGAUCCCAGCGAAGAAAGCGAUGUUAUCUUCAUUCCUGAUCAUAAACGAAGAAUCGUAGCACCGACUCUGAGCGAAAAAUCGCAAAGUCAUCGAGAGAUCAGCAGAUCCCGCGGUGACAAACGAGAAGUGAGUUUUACCAUGUCGACGCAGAGGACCAGAAGUUUAACAAGGGAAGAAGCUAAAAUGCGAGACGACGAACGCAGCGGUCAUUUCGGAUACGAUGAUCGAUCCGCUUCGGCGCAGCGACUCGACAGGCCUUCCAGAGCGGACAGCAGAGUGACAUUUGCAUUGGACACUGUGAAAAAAGAACAGUCUCCUCCGAUUCCUCCGGCCAGAUCGAGAGAUCACGCGAAACAAGAAGCUUCUCUCGAAAACUACACAAAUCGAUCGGCAGAUGCGAGAGAUAAGCAAGAUGUUGUUAUCAAGAGAGAAAGAACACUGUCGCCAAAGCCAACGGGAAUCGAUGAGAAUCUCAAGCCAAAUUUAAUAAUCGUAACGAGAGAAAGAAGAAGUCUUUCUCCACUUUCUAUUUCGCAAAUUUCGGAACGGCAGAAAGAAGAAACUCGCGCUACGACAAAUAAUCUUUCACCAGCUCCGAGUUCCAUUCUAAAGAGACAGACCGCAAUUGUGAAUGAAUCCGUCGUGUCUUCGUCGAGCAGUCCGCGCUUACAGGAAACAGAAGAAGACGAUUACAACGCGUUGCACGGCAGUUCGGAAUUCAUGCUGGUUUUGUAUCCGGAUGACGAGAAACAAGAAAAAGACGAUAUCGGUAUAAUGAGUGGUGCCGAGUUUCGGGAUAGAGGCGGUAGUGACAAGCCGGAUAUCGAGCUGAUCGAAGACGAGGACGAUCUUAUACCGCCCCCGAUGUCGCUUUCUCUUCCGGAAUUGUUCAGCGCACAGCACGAAGUGGUGGAAGUGAUGCGAGAAGCGGUCAGUUCCACUGAACUUCUUCACGAACGAGCUAUGGAGCGUUUCUAUCGUGCGGUUGCCGCCGAAGAGACGUCUGAAAUCGCCAAACGAAAGUUACAGCUUGAAACGCAGGUUGGCGAACUGGCGCAAUCAGACGUCGAAUCUGUUCAGAAGUCGUCACUUCUGAGACGCAUGUCCAAUUCUGGCGUCACGCAGAACUUGAUCGUUUCGUGGCAGGCGAAAAAGAACCGACGAAGAUUGAGCGAAGGACAAACCGAUUCGGCUUCAAAAACAAUGAAACUUCUCUCACCGGCUCUGAUGGACUUUGAGGCGCGAUCGGAUCCGAAUCUCCCAUCCGAAACGAUGAUGGUGACAGAUCCUUGGAGGAGGAGCAACGAGAACGAAUCUGUGGAACGUCUGCGUAGAUGGCACGAGGCGACAGUGCCGCUAUUGGAGGAGGUGCAACAGGAGCAAUCGAUACGUACGAAUAACGGCGAGGAGGUGGUAACUUCUACCAGUCCGAAUACCGAGGAAGUCCAGACGUUCGACCAAUCUAAGGAAGCGAGAGAAGAGGAAACUUACAGCGUCGAAACUUCGGAAGAGUCGUCAGAAGAGAUGAGCAGCGCGGACAGUGAAGAUUUGAGACUGUUAAAAUCAAGGAUUCUAGCGAGACAGGUUAUGGAAGAGGAAGACACUUAUCAUCCUCGAGGAAGACCGAUUCCUCAUGUCGAGCCGGAGAUGCCGCAGAUUUCGUAUGACAGACCGAUUGUGGACGUUUUGUCUCCUCCGCCUGUUCGAGCAGUCACUCCCGUUUCUCCGAGCAACAUGAUGCCUAAAUCAAUUCUGAAAAAGCCCAAAGAAGAAGUAGUCUCUUACGACACCGUUGACAGAUCAAUUUCACCGGAACCAGUCAGAAACACUCUUUCGCAGCAAUAUCAAACGGAAGAUUUGGAUACGACGGUUACGAGCGGUGAGGAAAGAAUCCCGGAUAUUCCAAGUACACCCGAGCUCAUGAGAACACCCAUAAUGUCGGAAUCCGACACGGAUAGCAUUCUGUCGGCAGCAGAAGCGGCGAAAAGUAGAAGACAAUCAAAACUACGAUCUGUGACGCCUGAAGAGGAUACGGCCGAAAUGGAGGCCAGAAUGGCGGUCGUGAAUCAGUACACCGAGAUAGUUCGAGAAUAUUCCAGUCAUUCGCGACACGGUAGCGCGGCCAGCUCUCGAAGAUCCUCUUUUUCUGAGGAUCAGGAUCAAAAAAAUCGAAUACAGGAGAAACUCGCGAAGCUAACAAACAAACAAGAUGAGCCUUCACAACCGAAGAAUAAAAAUGAUGUAAUUGACAAGCAGAAGAAAACUGGUCAGGUAACAGGUCUCAAAAAAGAGGGCAUCAAUUCCAGAAGUGCAACUCCCGCGAAGGACACGAAGACCGCAACGGAGAAGCGCGGAAGCAGACCAAGCUCCAGGGACCAAUCUCCAGCCGCAAAGAAGCGGGAACGUGCGGGAGGCGCUUCUUCGAGAUCGUCUUCCAAAACUCGGAAUCGCACACCUUCUCAGGAAAGACCCAAUCGGUCUUUGGCAAGAAACGAUUCGAGCGAGCAACCUUCUGGUAGAUCCAAAGUGCCGUCCAGGCCUGCAUCGCGAUCAAGAUCAAGUUCCAGAGAGAAAUUUGGCGCAAAGAAGUCGGUGGAAGCGAAGGUCGAGAAGUUGCAACAAGCGCUCGAGAGCAACAAGUACCGUGCGAGAAGAGACUCCAAAGUUACCAAAGAAGACGUUAGCAGUACCGAUCGAGUAGACGAAGAACAGUUGGCUCAGGAGGCCAAGAAGACGGUCAGAACAACAGUAAGCUAUGUAACCGACGUGACGUUGCUGAUGGCUGCGAUGUACGUCUAUUUCUUCAAGAAGGAAACUCUGGCGGUCCCGUUUAUUGUGCUUCUUUUGUAUCGAAGAAUACAGGAGGAGAUACACGGAUGGAUACCACAUUACAAGUCGAGGAAUAAAGAGCCGCCAGAAUGGGUCGAGGAGGAUCAGACCGUGCUGGCCCAAGGACGUGUAGGCGAAGACAUCAUCGUCGAAUUGAAAUUCGUCUCGCCUGAGAAUUACGAUGACUUACAAUUUGAAUUAAUACGAGAUGGAUUACCAAUUUCAUCGGAUCGUUAUCGGUUGUCGAUGCGAGGCAAUAUCGUUCAACUAGCUCUGAAGCAAUCGCGCAAAAAUGACACGGGUUACUAUUCCCUCGUAGCCACAAGACUCGGGCAAGAAAACAGUAAAGGCGCUGCAAAGAAAAUACAUUUGAGCGUCAGCGAGCAAAGCUACGAAGACGGUGAACCUCCCGUUUUUUUACGAAGAUUAAGCGAUCUCGCAGUAAAGGUCGGCACUCGAACCAGAUUUUUGGUGGAAGUCCGAAGUUCAAGCACUUUAAAGAUAACGUGGUACAAAGAUGACUCGCUCAUUAACGAUGGACUUAGAUUCUCCCUUGUUAACGAGGGUAAUUUUCAUUGCGUUGAUGUCGCCCCCGUCACCGUCGAGGAUCAAGGAAGUUGGACGUGCAUGGCGGAAAAUCGUAGCGGGAGAUCCUCGUGCACGUCCACCCUCACUGUUAUUGUUCCGAAAGCUUAUAAGAAGCCCGAAUUUGUCGAAGAGCUUCGCGCGCUGCUCACAGAAACGGGUACGGUGUCGCUGGAAUGCAAAGUAGUGGGUGUACCUACACCAAUGCUGAGAUGGUUCAAAGACAACAAAGAAAUCAAGGCCGGAGACGUUUUCGCGUUGACCGCCAAUCUCGAUGAUCCAACUUCUCUCGGAGUUUAUACUUGCGAAGCGGUCAAUUGUAUGGGAACAGCUUAUUCUUCUUCUAAAGUUCACGUCGUUGGAAGAGGAAGUCGUGAAGGUUCGCUGAAACCGGCGGAUGCUCUAACACCAUCGGGACCACUUCCAGUAUUUAAACAGUUUCUUCAAGACGAAUGCUGCAGAAUCGGAGACGAUCUCUUGCUAUCUUGUCGCGUUCAAGUACCUCCCUGGCCGAAAACGAUCACUUGGUACAACAAAGGAGGUCGUGUCGAACCCGGCGAAAAAUAUCACAUCAUAGAGGAUGGCAUCGGAGGAUACUCGAUUGAGGUAACACAAGUAGAGGCCGUAGAUGAGGGUGAAUGGAAGUGCGUCGCUACCAGCGAGGAGAAUAUGAAGCAAUUCUCAAGCUGUUACGUAGCAAUGUCUAUUCCAAGAAAUUAUAGAAAACCGCGGUUCAUGGAGAACCUGAAAGCAGUUCUGACGGAAGAAGGUCUUGUCUCGUUCGAAUGCAAAGUCGUAGGUUUUCCAACUCCAUUGUUGAGGUGGUUCAAAGAUGGUCAGGAACUGAAGCCAGGAGACGUUUAUCAAUUGACGGGAACUAAUUCAUUAGGUUCUUAUUGCUGUAUCGCGAAAAACUGCAUGGGCGAAGCCAAGAGCACAGCCGAAUUGACAAUCGAAGAUAUUCAGAAUCAGCUAAACGAAGAGGAACGUUUUCAACUCCUGAGCACCAAUCAGCCUCCGAAGUUCAUUAAGGGCCUUCGAAGUUGCGAAGCGAGAAUAAACGAAGACUUCCGCUUCACAAUACAAGUAAGUGUUGCUCCAGAACCAACUCUUUCUUGGUACAGAGACGAUACAUUAGUUGACGAAUCCGACAAGUAUCACCAAGCAAAAGAGACUCUUGGUAAAUGUCAUCUUGAAGUGCAAAAGCUCGAGUUUAUCGAUCAAGCCGAAUGGAAAUGCGUUGCGGCAAACGACUUUGGCCACAGCGUCACAUCCUGUUUCCUCAAGCUGAUCAUUCCCAAGCAUUACAAAAAACCGAUAUUCCUCGAAAGUUUACGAGCGAUCUUGUCGGAAGAAGGUGCUGUAAAUUUAGAGUGCAAGGUUAUCGGCGUCCCACAGCCGGUUUUGAAGUGGUACAAAGACAACGCCGAGCUCAAACCCGGUGAUAUACAUCGAAUUAUUUCUGGACAGGACGGCACCUGUUGUUUAGGAGUGUACACUUGCGAAGCUACGAAUUGCAUGGGAACAGUCAGCAGUUCCGCGUCUCUCUUAGGAUUCGAAGAAGCAAAAGCGGCAAAACAAGCAAAGGAAAUUCAGUCGCCAAACGGUCACGAAUUAGCGAGAAAUUUAUCCUUAUCGACCAUACACGAAGAGCGAACCUCCCAGUUGUACGAUACACCUCAAACAGAUCAUUCUGUUACAUUGGACGAGCGAGGUGAGGUAUCCUUUAGCUUUGACGGUAAAGAAGUGUCAGUCAGUUUGUACGAAACACCCGAUCUCACUGAAGAAGAGGCGCUUCAAAUCGUCGAAAUGUACGCUGAUCAAUUGUCUGAGCAUGUAACAGAACAUAACGUGAUCGAGCUACCACCGAUGAGGUUCGUUAAAGAAACAUCUACGUCCGGUAAUUUGCUGAUGGAGGCCGUAGUGAUUGACGUGUCACCCGAUUAUUUCGUCAGCGCAGAAGACGAUCUAAGAACCGAAGCUGAUGUCGAAGAUGUCUCUAUCAUGGAUGACGUGACGCAUGUUCUCUCUUCGCCAGAACGCGAUUCUCGCAGUUCUCUGAAGAGAUCAGCUCGAUACAACGGAGAAGAAGACGAGAAAGCUCCUAGCAGACCUCCUCGAAAAAAAUCAAUGAGCAUAUCGUCGUCGAAGAGCGAAAAAAGCCAACGAAUCGAAUCCGAAAGCUUUCACAGCGCUCAGAAAGAUGAGGAGCCACCGUUGUCUCCGCUCCCGUCUUCAAAACAGGACGACAGCGAUACUUUCGCGGAUGCGUUGUCCUCCGCACAUCUUUCCAUUACAGAAAGUCUAAUCGAAAAGAAAGAUAUUUUAGAAGAAACUACGGUAGACAAUAGAAAACGCAGUUUGAGUGAAGGCAGGUCAACUGGUUCCAGUCUAGACGACGGAAUUGGCGGCGAUUCUUCAUUCGAUUUGGUCACUGGUGUUCCGAAGAGAAAGAAACAGCGCAGAAAAAAACAACACAAAGACAAAAGCAGCUCCGAAGAUUAUUCCGGCUACAGUGACUACGAUAAAAAGAGAAGAAGAAGCAAAUCAGAAGAUGAAGUUGACGCGAUAACACCAGAUCAACCUGUAAAUGGCACAGAACCAGAUGUUCGAUAUGAAACUGAACAAGAAAAAUUAUUUAUUAAAGAAGAAUUGCUCGAUAAUUUAAAAGGCGCGAAGGAAGCUAUUAACAUCUCUGGUGCCAAAGAAAUUGAAGAAAUGACGGAAGAUAUUCUUUUAGAAUCAAGAUCAGCUUUAUGCAAAGCUUUGAAAGCAUGCAAAAAAGUACCCGAAUCUUUAGUACAACAGUUUUCCAGCAUUCACGAACGAAUCAGCGAUGUGUGUCAAAUAGUCGAAGUUACACAGAAAAAAGACAUUGAAAAUCUGAAUAAACUCGAAAAACCUCUGAAUAUAUUACUGAAAUCACUCAAUAAAAUUACAUCAGCGGAAGAAAUAGAAUAUGUUCGUAAUAUUCUCGAACCAUCCAUCGUUCAGUUGUCAGACGUCGUCGAAAAUCUUGGACUGCCAUCUUUGCAAUCCACGUUGAUAGUUUUGAACAAAGUUAACGAACGCAUUUGCAACAUUCCUAGCGAAACGAUGAAAGGAACUUUGAUAAAAUCGACCUCGGACACGUUUGGAAAUAUAUCUGAAGAAAUCGUGGAUCCGCUGGUCGAUAUUCAAUCGGCAUUUAGCGCGAUUGUAGAUUAUAUGGAACGAUCAAAACUGAACAAAAUUCCGCAAGAAGCUCUGAAAAUGUCGCCACUUGCGACGUGUUUGACAGAAUUAAAAGAAUGCGCAUCCCACAUAGCGCACACUGCGAUGACUUUCAGAGAAAAUGAGACGCUAAAUAGCUUGAUGGAAUUCAAGGAACCUCUGUUAGAUCUUCAGUCAAUUUUAGCGAUAGAAGACUAUACUCCUCAAGAACUUCCGAUAAUAAAAGAAACCACGCUUGCUAUCAAAAAACUUAAGUGCGUGGUAGUAAAUAUUUUGAAAAAUUCUGGAAAUCGUGAAGCGCUUUCUCGAGCAGAAACAAUUCUUACGAUAUUAGAAGAUACUGAUAAACAAAUAUUGCAAUUAGUGGAGCAGUUAUUGGAAAUAGAAACUGCUCAGAAACAGAUACUGAAGAGUUUGAACAUCGAUCAAAGUUUGAGUAACGUGCACUUCGCUUUGUCUUCAGUUUUAGAGAAACAAGAAGAGCAUAAAGUUUCCUCUAAUUUAAUUACGUGUAUUGAAACGUUACGUCAGGCAAUUGGUUCUUCAGCUGUUACAAUCGCGAGUUUGAAGAACCCGGUAGAUGAAAAAAUAACUCAGGAAAUUAGCAGAUUAAAAGAAUCGUUGUUAAAUUUGCAAAAAGAUUUGUUGACGGAGAAGCACAAACCAGGAGAGGAAGAAAUUCUAAAUAACUUAAUGAGACCAAUCAGCAGACUGAAGGAUAUCAUUCACGGUGUAAUCAAACAAAGUUCCUCCGCUGAAUCGAUGGUAUCUAUCCUACAAUUGUUGGAAGAAAUAGAAAGAGACGCGACUCUUGUAGCGAAAGAAAUAUCGAAGAAAAAAUUGCAAAAAGAAAGUGAUACCAAGUCCCGAAUGGAAGAUACGGAGGAAAAGAGUUCAAAUCUGGCUGAUCAAAUCAAUCGUUCUUUACAUCCUCUUAAACACUGGUUAUCUACUACGUCUGAAGACAGUACGAAAGAUGAAGUAUCUGAAUUGAGUUCAACGAUCGAGGAAUUGAAGAGAGACGUGACUCAGAUCGCUAUUCAAACUUCGUAUUCUGAACCGCCAAGCUACGAAAGUUUGAUAGAAGCUCUGAUCGAUCUUCGGGAACCGUUAAUAAGACUGAAAAAUGCUAUUUCUAUAUAUCACGGACCAGAAGAUCUUUCUACUUUGGAAAAUUUGGAUCGUCCUAUGAAACAUCUCUUGCAAACUAUCAUGGAUGUUCUUCAAGAACACGCAAACGAAGAGUCUUUACUAUCAAUAGUAGACAUCGUUCAACAAAUCGAAAAUCAACUGCCGCUUUCGAUCAAAAACGCUCUUUAUCAGCAGGAACUUAAACAAUCUACAAAGACAUCUAAUGUGGAAACUGAAGAAGAAGACGAAGCCGUUACUGCUUCCCGCGAAACAAUACCAGGCACUCUCACAGAAAUUGCAUCGACAACACUGUUUGAAUCUACUGUAUUGCCUAUUGAACAAGCUACUGAGCAAAUCGUAACAGAAGACGAAACCAAAACAGCAGCGGAAAUCACUUCAAUGAUUAUAAAGAGCGAGAUGCAAGAAAGAGAGAAGAAAGCGAAUAAAUUAAUCACGAUUUUAUCAGAAACUCUGGAAAAACUUCAAUUGGAAAUGACUGGUAUCCUGGAAGAUUUCGAGGAAUCGAUAACACGAACCACUAUGAUUCCGCAAUCAAAACUGGCUAAUUCUCUCGAAGAAUUAAGAAGAACUAUUUCUACAAUACGCAUGAUGACCACCGUUUACGGUGAAGAAAUUGGAUCAUCUGAAGAGAAAGUUCAUCAGGCAACGUUGGUACUAACUAAUUUAACGCAACCAUUGAUGAACAUCCGAGAACUUCUUUCAAAAUCGCACAAACACGACGUUCUGGAACUUAUGAUACUGAAUCGAUUGAUUCCGCUGUUGAAUACGAUAGAAAAUAACGUGAUAAGACCGACAACUCAAUUUAUCAAUAAAGACGGAGACGCUGAAAAAGAAUUUGAAUUUCUACUGUGCGUGCUAGAAGAAAUUAAAACAGAAGUCCCGAUUGUAAUUCAAAAAAUAUCAUCGAGACAAAAAAUUCUGGAGUGUCUUCGGGACAUCUCAAAGCCUCUAGAAAACAUUAUGGAACGCAUGAAGGAUCUGGAACAAACUGCGGAAGAAACUCUUGAAACAGACGUUGCGAAAAUCUUAGGAAAUCCAACCGAUACUCUUCUAAAAGACAUCAAGACUGCUAUUCAAGAAACUGAUGUUCUGGAUCGACGUGAAUCAAUGAUCGUUGAAUUGCGAAACCUUUUGGAACCUUUGCAAGAAUUUCACAGUUGUCUGUCUAUGGUGCAAAGCAGUCGGAAAAGUUUGGUUUCUAAAGCCUGCUUAUUGGAGGAAAGAAGAAGCGUUAUUUUACGAGCAAUUGACGGUUUACAAAAACAAGUUUGUCAUACAGUCGAAGCGAUCGCGAACAUGGAGGAAGCGUUUUUGUUUAAUGAAUCCUUAACGCAGCUUAAUUCCGCGAUUCUGAAAGUGCAAAAACAAAUCGGUAAAACUGACUAUUUGCGCCAGUCAAGUAGCGUUAAGAUUCCUCUUCAACAUCGACUUACAGGCACAUUGGAUCGCUUGGCAAGCGCCAUAUUAUCUUUGGAAGAGCAUGCGGAUAAAGAUACGCGUGAAGUGGUGUCCAAAUGCUUGGAAGCGUUACAGAAACAAAUCUCUUUUACGCAAAUGCAAUUUAUCGAGAUUAGCAGUGAAUUAGUUGACGAAGAAGCGAUUGUAGAAGGCUUUCUUUAUCCAACUAGUCAGGUUCUGUCGGCGUUAAAUGUUCUCAAAGAGAACAUGCAGAAACAACCCUCAACAAUUUCACACUCUGUACUAGUCCAGCUUCAGGAACUAGCUGAUUCUAUUUCAGAACUGAAUUCUUCUCUAUCGAUGCACAAAGCAGAACUCGUCCAGGAAGGCGCUUCCAAUGAAGCGCCGAUUGUAGAGACUUUUUCUGCUGUUAUAGAUGUUUUGGAUGAAGUAAAAGACUCUAUAGUAACUAUAGAAAAGGUGGCCGAGCAGAAAGCGAAAGUAAUUAUCACGGAAAUAGAAAGUAUCACUGAUGAAAUUAUAGAAAUAUCACAAGAAGAAAUUGAGACUGUAAUGGUGAUCACGGAACCAUCUACUGAAGCGGUAGUUCAAAAAAGUGCAGAAUUAAAGAUCGAAGAUGCUCCUCAAAUGACACAAACGUCAGUUUUAGAAACUUCAGAAGCAACUCGUUCAGAACAAGAAGUUAAUCUAGUAGAUACUGCAAAACACGAAAAGACUCAGGAAGAGGAAGAGAGGCAAAAAUAUUUGAUAACUCAGAUGUCAAAGUUUAACUCUGCAAUAAACAACUUACCACAGCCUCUGCAAGAACUCAGUCAUUUUAUAAAGUCUGCUACACAAAAAUCGCUCAUUUCGAAAUCUGACGAGGACAGACGGAAAAUACAAGAGCUGACAGCGUUGAUGCAAAUUGUUUACGAUCUACAAGCUACAAAUACUUCUAUCAAGACAUGCAUUAGAUCAUUGUCAUCAUCACUGUCGUCUUUAUCUCCGUUAUUAAAUAACGAUUUCUCUCGUAUGGAAAAUAUUUUUAAUGAUUUUGAGCAAGCUGUUGCUGUGAUUAUUUCCUUAACUGACGAAGGAGUUAAACCAGAAUUGAAGGAGAACAUUAUGACAUCUUUACAAUCUUUUGCUAAACCGUUAAAUGAUCUCAAAAAUGUAUUAGAAUCAAUAUGUCAGACAAUUAAUGAGAACAAGUACUUCGAUGAAAACGGAGAGUUGUUAGUUACAACUGCGAGAGUUUUAAUACCUUACAUUAGUGACACCAUUAAAUGCCUGAAAAUGAUUCAAAUACCGAAAUGUGUUCAAAUCGUAGAUGAGAAAGAAACGGAAAUAUCUAAGAUAAAAGAAGAAGUGAAGAAUAUUGAAGAAACGACUGCUCGACCUCUCGAGGAACUUAUAGAAGCCAUCAUGGAGUCUCAGGAACAAGUAAAAUGCGACAAAACCUUGGAGUCUAGUUCGCCUUCUGCAGAUUUGAUUAAACCGAAAGACAAUGACGAUUUAAAAUUAGAAGAAAUAGAAACGGAAGUGAGUGAAGUAAAAACAAUUAGUAAGAUGGAUGAUAUAGUUAAAGACGUGAGCAGCUUAUCAACAGAAGAUGCAGUAGCAUCACAGGAGGUAUUAACAUCUUCAUCAACGCCUGAUAAAAUAAAAGAACAUGUCGAAAAGAAAGAAGAAAUAAAUUUAAUAGAAGAAUGUUUCGAGGAAGUUAAAGAAGAAAGCUUAAAAAUUACCGACAAAGAAAAGAUAGAAAUAAUUAAGUCAGAAAAGGAUACAAUGCAGAAGGAACAAGUAAAAAUUGAGACUCUUCAAGUAAUUCUUUCUCCUCUUCAAGUAUUGCAUAAAUCACUCGAUGAAGUUGAAAAAAUGGGAGUUCUAGAGUUUUCCGAUAAAAAGGCAGUUGCAUUUUCAACUUUGUUAGAACCAUUAAUAAAUUUAGAACUCCCGUCGUUCGAAGAUAGUACAGAAAUCGCGUGCGUUUUAGAAGAGCUACAAAAAUCAGUCGCAACAGUUCAAGAGCAAGUACAGUUUUAUACUGCAAUUGAAGCCAGCCCAAGUGAAAUAACCAAAAUGCGUUUAAUGCAAGCUGUCGAGAAACCGUUAGAAGAUUUGAAGAUGUCUCUGGCAAGUAUUCAGUCUGAUCCCACAAUUUGCCAACAGGGUGUGGAAUUGUUGGGUACUGAACAGAUUACAGUUUUGCAAACUCUUGCCAAAUCGGUAGAGGAAUUUGGUGAGAAAUUUAUGUCUAUUAUUGAUCAAGUAAAAGUAGAAGAAGUACCGCCUCUACAAAUCGCUAAAAAAGAAGAACAAACACUGAAUCCAGAAGUUUUACAAAAGAUCGUCGAUCCUAUUCAUAUUCUACACGAAACCUUGUCUCAAAUAAACGAUCUUCAUAGUCAUAAAGCUGAACUAUUAGAAAUACAACAAGAAAAAGAGGAGCUCGUUCAGUUGAGUGCAGUAAUAGAUCCUUUGAAAAAGCUAGAACAAUUGUUAAUUACAAAUGUGCAACAUGUUGCAGUUGCGCAAGAAGAAGUUACAAAAGACCUUGAAGAACAUCAAGGUCUGUUGGUAAAUCCUGAUUUAAAACCUGUGUUAGAAGAGCUAAAAACUUCAAUUAGUGUAGUUCAGCAGCAAGCAAUUUCUAGCAAGAAUAAUUCUGCAACAGAAACAUUAAACGAAGCUCUUGAAAGCUUGAAGAUACCGUUAACAGUUGUUGAAGAAACUCUUGAUCAUUCCAACGAAGUUACUGAAACUGAAAAGGUAUCGACUUUGUUAUCGUUCGCAAAGUCAGUAACAGAAACAGCGAAUCACCUAGUUACUAUAGCUAAGCAAGAUGUGACGCAACAAGAAAAUGAAGUAACUUCUCUACUCUUCUUGAAAACGAUAACUAUUCCAAUCGAAGGAUUGCAGAGCGCGAUAUUAGAGCUUGAAGAUCGAGUGUCUCAAACGAUAGAAACAAAGGAAUCAGUGAAAGUUGUCGCUUUAGAAUGUAUGGUGCAACCAUUGCAAGAGUUGCAGCAAUCUUUCUUGGCUGCAUCUCACCAAGAAAUCGCUCUGUCUUUGCAACGUUUGCCAAUCAAGCCAAUAUUAGACAAUUUGAACAAAUCCGUAGCGGAAAUUCAAGAACAAGUUGCGAUUGUCCAGGACAAUUUAGCUGCAAAAGCGACUUCAGACGAUAUGAUAAUUUUAAAAGAUUUUGCAAGGUCGCUCAGUAAUUUAAGAACGUCAACUGUAGUCUUGCAGCAGUUAAAUGCGAUAGAAAACGCUAGUCAACAGAUUGUAGAAAUAGAAAAUGCAUCUGCUCUGCAAGCUUUCGCGAAAUCUGUUGAAGAAUUCAGAAAAUGUUGUUCUGUCGUUGUUGAGCAACCGAAAGUUGUCGAAGCUUUUACAACAGUCACAGAGCUUAAACAACCAACUAAAGUAGGCACGCAGUUGCUUGAAAAUAUCAUCGUGCCUCUGCGAAUAUUGCAAGAACAACUUUUAACAAUCGAAGAAACUAAAAUGCAAGAAUCUGAAAUCUUUGAAGUUGAGAUUAAAAAACCAGUUAAUGUUCUCAGCAGUUUGGUUGGACCUUUGCAAGAACUAGAGAAAUCUUUCGUCGCAACAGUUCGCAAAGAACAAGUUAUAGAACACGAUGGACACAGCCUGGCAAGCGACUUGUUCUCUACGGACUUGGAAACGCUUGCUCUACAACCUAUUCUUGAAGAAAUGCAAAGAUCCAUUGCCACUGUUCAAGAGCAAGUAGUGUUUGAAACAGGAAGUCACAUUAUAUCGGAAACAGAAACUGACGUUUUGCUGAAAUCGAUCGCACAACCUCUGGUGGAUCUAAGAGCUUCUAUCGCGUCCAUUCAGCAGGUAACCACAGUUGCGCCUGAUUCGUUGAACGAGCUUGCGCAACAAAAUGUUUCAGCUUUGGAAACGUUUGCCGAGACUCUCCAUAAUUUGUCGGAGUGCAUAGCAAUGUGCAAUCAUCAGCAGAUAGUCAUAGAACCUGCAGCAGACACUAUUUCCGAAUGUGCUUCGUCUUUGAACACUUGGGCAGACAUAAUCGAAGAGCCUCUUUCGAAAGUUACGUGUCCAAUGGUGAUUGAUCAGGGUGCGAUCGAAUCUCCGGCUGAAAUCGCGAUGUCGAUAUCGGAAGAUGAAGUUUCUGCGUUGAAAACAUUGGCAAAGCCUCUGACGGAAUUACGUGAGUGCUUAGCUGUAAUCGUCGACGAACACAAAAUAGUCGCACCUAGUGACACGACUCGAUCGUUAUCGGAAAAAGAAGAUAUUUCUUUGCUGAAGACAAUGAUACAGCCAUUGCUAGAGUUAAACGAUGCAGCUACAGCAGUUAUUCAAGAACAAAUCGCAAUUGAACGUGCUAAGGAACACUCAUUUGAAAUCGAAGGUAAUAAUGAAUACGUUCUUCGACCUUUGAUCGAGCCGCUCGAAGAACUGCGCCAUUCUAUCGCUGUAAUACAAGAUCAAAUGUUGGUUGAAACAUCGACAGAUCGACAAAAGGACAACGUCGUUUUAGAUGCGUUAGCUGAACCACUAUUAGAUCUUCAACGCGCCAUAUCCGUUUUAGAAUCACGAGUAAUGUCACCGGAUGUUCAAUCAAUACCAGAAGAUACAAGCAGCAGCUGGAUCACUGAAUGUUUAGCGAUUCCUUUGCAUGAAAUAGAGAGAUCGAUAGCUGACAUUCGACAGUGUACCAUAAUGGAACCUAAAACUAUUAUAGCGGAAGCGCAAGCAGAAACAAUAACACCAGAUUGGUCGAUCGUCGAGAAACUAGAAAAACCGGUAGAAGGAAUUAAAUCAGUCGUAUCACGUAUGGAAGAUGACUUUACAAAAACUGAAGUUCUUAAACCAAUGACGGAAGCGUUGAUUAAAGUACAAGAAGAAUUAACUUUACUAAAACAUACAUAUGCUGUGAAUACUGUUAGUACGGAACAAUGUUUUGAUGCUAUUGUUGAGCCACUUUCUAAUCUCGAGAAAUGCAUUUUAUCCAUCAAGAAAGAAAUCGAUAAACCAAAAUCUAAAUCGAAAUUAAAGGAAAUCACUAUUUUGUCUAGUGCUCUCACUAUACCACUAACUGAGUUAGAAUGUUGCAUUGUGACAGCAAAGGAAUCACCUAACGCAAAUCUAAAGAACUUGGAGAGACCGUUGGAACUCGUUCAAAAUGCGCUUGAAACAGUUUUGUCUGCACAACGAAGUAAAAAGUUUUCAGACUUGUCAACAAAAGUAGUAGACACUAUUUCGAAUAUUCAGAAAUCAAUUGAAUCAAUUGAACACAAAUUAGAGCAGCAACAAGUAUCGUUUCUCGAAAUUCGCAUCGAAUUCGAAGCACUCGGAAUGUUGGCAAAACCUUUACAAAAUAUUAAACAAUCUAUCCCGCAAAUACAAGAAAAUCCAAGCACUGCUAAUUUGAUGAUUGAUGCUCUUCACAAUCUUGAGAAAUCGGUAGCUAUAAUACGAGAGCAAUCGGCAGAUAAACCGUUGACGGAACCGCAACAUUUUGAUAUUGCAGGUGGUCUCUCAAAAUGCUUGGUACCGUGUCUCAAUGAAUUACAGGAAUCAAUACAAGCAUCAAAACUGUUAUGGUGUGAAGAAACAGCAUUAGAAGGAUUAACUGUUCUUGAUGAGCCAAUUUACAAACUAAAAACUGCGAUAGAUAUUAUAUGUAAUCAAAUUUUAAGAGAAGAAAUACUUUGGAUAGACAUAUCAAAAGCAGCACUGCAAAAAAAACCUAAAAAAGACCUAGAAGAAUCUGAUGAGAACAAAUCUGUCAAAAAAGAGGACAAACCAAAAGCAGAAAUUGAAGAUACUAAGCCAGUAGAUAAAGAUUUGUCUACAACAACUAUUGAUGAAGAAAAUAAGAAGAAACUAGACGAAAAAGAAAAAAAAGAGAAAGAAAGUGAAAAGAUAAUAAAAAAACAAGUUGAAAAAGUAGCACAAGAAAAAAAAGAGAAAAAAGAUAAAAUUUUGGAAAGCGAAAAGAUCGAAGAAUUAGAAAAGAAGCAAGACAAAUCUAGUAAAACAGAAUUAACUCAAGAAAAGAUAAGAGAAGAGAAACAAAUUGAAAUACAAGAAAAAGAGAAAGAACAAAAGAAACAAGAAGUAGAAGAAAAAGUAAAAGAAGUUAAAGAAGACAGACCAAAAAGCGAGAAGAUCAAUGAAUUGGAAAAGAAACAAGAGGAACCUAUUAAGACAGAAGAAUCUAUUCAAGAAAAGAUAAUACAAGAAGAACAGAAGCUACAAGAACAAGAAAAUAAAGUAAAGAUAGAAGGAAAAGAGCAAAAGAAAAAGAAAGCAACAGAAACAAUAAAAGAAGAAGACAAAAAGGAAGAAAACAAGAAAAUUGAAGAACUUCAUAAGAAAAAAGAGAUAUCUAAACAAGAUCAAGAACAGAUAGCACAAAAGAAAACAAAAGAAGAAGACAUGAAAGAGAAAGAAGUAGAAACAAUAAAAGAAAAAGAAAUGGAGCAAAAGGAGAAGAAAGAAAUAGAAAAAAUAAAAGAAGAAGACAAAAAGGAAGAAAACAAAAAAACUGAAGAACUUCAUAAGAAAAAAGAGAUAUCUAAACAAGAUCAAGAACAGAUAGCACAAAAGAAAACAAAAGAAAAAGACAUGAAAGAGAAAGAAGUAGAAACAAUAAAAGAAAAAGAAAUGGAGCAAAAGGAGAAGAAAGAAAUGGAAAAAAUAAAAGAAGAAGACAAAAAGGAAGAAAACAAGAAAACUGAAGAACUUCAUAAGAAAAAAGAGAUAUCUAAAGAAGAUCAAGAACAGAUAGCACAAAAGAAAACAAAAGAAGAAGACAUGAAAGAGAAAGAAGUAGAAACAAUAAAAGAAACAGAAAUGGAGCAAAAGCAGAAGAAAGAAAUGGAAAAAGUAGAAGAAAAAGAUAAAACAAAAAGCAAAAAGAGUGCAAAAGUAGAAAAAGAAAAGGUAAAGAAAGAUGAAACUCAACAGAAAGAAAAUAAAAUAAAAGAAAAAGUAGAGGAAACAAAUAAAAAAGUAAAAAACGAAAAAGCCGAAGAAAACAUUGAAGAUUUAGAAAAGAAAAAAGAAUCUAAGACAAAAGAAGAGUCAAUUGAAGAAAAAAUAACAGAAAAGAAACAAACCGGCCAGGAACAACUAAGAGAGGAAAGAAAAGAGCAGAAAGAAGAGGCAGUAUUGGAAAAGUCAAAAAAAGAAAAAGAUAAACAAUUAAAAGAAGAAAAGACUGAAGAAUUAGAAAAGAAAAUACAAGAAUCUAAUAAAACUGAAUCUAAUAAAACUGAAAUAUCUGCAGAAAAAAUUAAAGAAAAGAAAACGGAUGAAGUUAAAAUAUCAAAAAAAGAAGUUCAGGAACAGAAACAGAUAACUCAAGACACUGAAGAAAUAAAAGCAAAGGAUAAAGAAGCUAAGUCAAAGAAGGAUGUACAAACAAAGACAAAGACAUUAAAAAAGAGUGAACAAGAAAAUGCAACUGUAGAAACAGUAAAAGAGAAAUCAAUAAAAGAAAAGAAAGAAGAGAUUGUUAAAACAAAAGAAACGAUGCAACUCAUCCAAAAUGACAAACCAAAAGAUAAUAUAAACUUCCAAAGACAAGAAGAAAAAAGAUCACGUUUUGAAGAAACAGAAAGAUCGAAAAGAAAAAUAGAAGAUGGACAGCGGAGAUUACAAGACAAUGAAAACUGGUUACGCGCGAAAAAAGACGAACGAGCUGACAAGAGUGAUAAAUAUAAUAUAACGGAAUAUGACAAUCAGAGGCUCUAUAAAAUGGAAACAGAACGUUUAGAAAAAAGAAGAGUUGUAGAACGAUCUAAAAAAGAAGACGCUAAUUAUAUAUUUGACAAAGAUGAAGAAAGAUACCUAAAAAGAAAUGAAGAAACAAGGAUAAGGAGAGAUGAGACUGCAAGGUUUUUGCGGGAAGAAGAACAAAAACUACGAAGAAGACACGAAGAGGAAAUAUAUAGAAGUAAACAAAGAAGAGAAGAGCAAAUAAGAGAAAGUGAAUGGUCUAGAAGACGUGAGAACGAGACUGAUCGUUUUCUUAAAAAUAUGUUAGAGAAUAGAUAUAAGUCUGACAAAUCAACCGCGCUGUUCUUCGACGAUUAUCAUCGAGAUUACAUUUCUCGGCUUGAGUCUAGCAUGCCAACGCUUACUAGCAGUUCCAGAUCGUACAGCUGGAGAGAUUCCUUGACAUCGUUGAAUAGAAAUCUCGACGAGUAUAAGUUACGUGGUUCCACCAUGGAUAAAUAUUAUUAUGAUACAGGAUUGUCGUACAGAAGACGCAAGAAAAGAGAAAACCGUAUGAUUCGCGCCAGAUCGAUCAGUUUAAUGAAGUACGAAGACUAUUCGACUGAAGAUAGCGAUGCCACGAUUAUACCCAGCACGCAUACUCGAUCCCGACGUAAAGAGGCUCGACGAAUUAAUGUCAACACUUACGAACCUAGUCCAUCCUAUUAUGUUGAUCUUGGCAAGAGGGAGGGUCUUCCAUGGGACAAGCCGAAGAAGCCAUCGUUUUGCACGAAGUUAACGAACAGAACUGUGGGGAUUGGUAUGAGAAUUAGAUUGACCUGUACCGUUCUUGGUAAUCCAGAACCGCGCGUUUAUUGGACCAAAGACGACUACAGAUUGGAUGCAUCAGACAGUCGUUGUAAAACACGAUAUGAAAACGGUAUGGCUUAUCUGGAAUUAUAUGACGCACGUCCCGAAGAUGCGGGAUUAUACACAUGCGUAGCUGAAAACGCACAAGGCACUUCGAGCACCGAGUCUCUCUUGAGAGUUUACUCCGAUUACAAGCCCACGCAUUCGCCCCCAAUUUUCGUAAAAUCGAUUAAAGAUACUUAUCGACAUUCUGACUGCAAAUUGAUUCUGGAAUGUCGCGUACGAGCGCAUCCAACACCGUCAGUUUCGUGGCUGAAAGACAGACAGAUUCUUCAAGGAGAACGUUAUAAGCAAAGUUAUCUCGAUGAUGAUGUAUAUCGGUUGGAAAUAUCGAAUCCUAAUGUUACAGAUAACGGACAGUACACAUGCCGCGCUGAAAACGAACUACAUACUGAAGAAAUAUCUCAUAUGGUUCAUGUUGAAGAUUGGCAAUCCUUGAGUCGAAGUCAUUUAAAUGUGAGCGACGCAACUGAAUCGGAUGUCAUACGACGACCGCGAUUUUCGAAUCUGUUGAAGGAUUAUUCCGUACCUGCUGGCGGAACGAUUGCUCUACAAGUAGAAGUCAAAGGUGUCCCGCCUCCCGAAGUAAGAUGGCUGCGAGGCGACCGAAAAGAACCGAUCGCGAUAUCAAAAGCAAAAAUGUUCACCGAACGUGGACUUCACACGUUAAUUGUACCCGAAGCUACCGAAUCGGAAAGGGGCACUUACGUGUGUAGGGCAAUCAAUGCUUACGGACAGAUUGACACGAGCGCAACGGUGCACGUAGUAUCAGGGAGCGCUAUCGACGGAGGAAAGCCAGCAAUGUUUGUUUCGAAACCUUCGAAAAAAUCGAUCGACGUGAUUGUUGGCGAAGACGUCAGCAUAUCCUUCCGAGUCAGUGGAGUCCCUAAACCUCGAGUAAUAUGGAUGAAAGGAUUGACAGACAUCACGGACGGACCGAGAUCGUACAAGGAGACUAUUGACGAUUAUGUUAGAUUAACAUUAAAAAAAGCUUUGCCUUCUGACGAGGGUACCUACUGUAUUCUGGUUAAGAAUAGAUACGGUUGUGACAGAAGCUUCUUCUCCAUCAAGGUGAAGCAACGCGCUAGGUCGUUAACCCCAUCACCAGAUUGGAAUUCUGUUACGGAGCGUGAUGCGGGAGAAGAACAAGAUGACGACAUGUCUUAUAUAAGAAACGUACCCGGUCCGAUCAGUAGUGAACCCGUUGCUGUUGACGGUGGGAAAAACUGGUUAUCGCUAACUUGGGGUAAGGCAGAAAGAAGAGGACCUGCACCAGUAAUUGCUUAUAAAGUCGAUGCUUGGCAAUUAGGCAGUGACGGUGGCGCGCGAUGGACAGAGUUGGGAAUCACACCGAUCAAUGCGUUCGAUGCGUUCAACUUGCGACCGGGGGGAGAAUACAAAUUCCGUGUAACACCGCGAAAUCGUUACGGAUGGGGAGAACCGGUCACUAUGACGAAUUCGGUGACGGUAAGCGAAAGUACCGAUCUUCCGGAAUUCACAAAAAUUCUUCCGGGUCAAUUAAAAGCUCUCGAAGGGACGCCGGUAAAGCUGGAGUGUGAGAUUCGCGGAGAUUCUAAGACGGAAGUGCGAUGGUAUUGUGAAACAACGGAAAUAGAUGCGCGCAAUGAUUCGAGAUUCGCGAUACAUCACGCUGGUUCGCGAUAUUUCUUAACAAUUACAAAUGUCAAAGAGAACGAUUCUGGAAGAUACGUUUGCGAAGCGAGCAAUAAGAUCGGAAGAGUGUCGUCGUUUGCUAGAGUCCUCGUUGUUACCGAUCCAAGAAUCAUCGAGGCCGAUGCAAAACUUAGAACUACAAAUUUAAGCAUCGAAUUGGAAGACAGACCGCCGCAAUUCACCAUGAGACUACGAGACAGGCGCGUGCAAACGACUUAUCCAGUAAGACUCACUUGUCAAGUCACUGGGCAACCUGUUCCGGAGAUCACGUGGUACAAGAACGAAACGGAAAUUUCUCAAGAUGAUCGUCACAUCUUCUGGGAUGAUGAUUCGAACUUCCAUACUUUGGAAAUAAUUCAUUCCACUCUCGACGAUUCCGGAUGCUACAUGGUGACAGCGAGGAACAUAAAUGGCUCCGUAUCCUGCCGGUGUAACCUCGUGGUGGACAAGGGAAUUCGAGCUUAUAUCGCUCCGGAGUUUCUUCGCGGUCUCGACACCGUUUAUACGAUCAAUUCAAGCGAGGAGCUACGACUGUCCGCCCAACUCGAGGCGUAUCCAAGUGUCGGCGUCGUUUGGCAUCGCGACGGUAUUCGCUUGCGGCCCAGUCGAAGAGCCGUGAUGACGUUAAGUCACGAUGGCACCGUCCAAUUUUCUCUGGCGAAUAUCACCGCGCGAGACACCGGAGUUUACAGUUGCACGGCGACAAAUGUGGUCGGUCACGCUGAAACUUCCACCAGAGUGGCUGUCAUUGAGAUUCAGGAUCGGUCAUCUAUGGUCGAUGGAUUAUCUUAUAUUACGAGCGCAUCUCCGGACAUACCAUAUUCAAAGGAACCUCUUUUCGUCACAAAACCAUUAUCAACCGAUGCGGUCGAGGGAGAUACGGUAAUCAUACUCUGUGAGGUCGUUGGAGAUCCUAAACCGGAAGUAAUAUGGUUACGCGACUUUCUCAAGCCCGACUAUUACAGAGACGCGCCUCACUUCCGGCUGGUGGGUGCAGGGCCACAAUAUCGGUUGGAAAUACCUUACGCCAAGCUCGACUUCACCGGAACGUACUCCGUGAUAGCUCGCAACUGCCAUGGAGAAGCCAAAGCUGUAAUUUCCUUACAAAUCUACGCGAAAGGUCAAGGCAAAGAGGAACAAACGCAGAAGUCUCCUCAUGGAAAAGUGUUGACCUUGCCGAUCAUAAAGAGAGAACUGCGAGACAUCAGGUGUUGCGACGGCGACGCUGUUUCUCUGGAGUGCAAAGUUCACGCUGCGCCGGAACCGCCUUUAGUUCGCUGGGAACGGGGAGGCAAAAUUAUAGCCAUGGCGGGCGAUUUUGCUUCCGAAUUCGACGGUGAAACGGCGCGGUUGAGCAUCCAACAUGUUUAUCCCGAAGACGAAGGGGAAUACACGUGCGUGGCUUACAACGAUCUGGGAAAAGCGUAUACAUCGGCCUGUCUAGUCGUGGAUGUGCCUGAAGGAAAAGAAAAUAUUCUGAGCCAAAGAUUGACAAGGCCAGUGGGUCUUUUGUCAGCGGGAUCGACGCCUAGAUCGACUCCGCGAUCGACACCAAUCAGAAGCUUGUCACCAGCAGUUCCACAUGGUCGCGAGUUCAGAUCGCCUCAGAUUCUGCCGCGAAGCGGAAUAUCGAAGCGACCGAAAAUUUGUCCGCCGAAAUUCUACGCGGUGCCGCACAAUCGUCUGGUCCAGGAAGGCGAUACCGUGCGUUUCCAGUGCGCUGUAGUCGGUCAUCCGGCACCCUGGGUACGAUGGGACAAGAACGGCAUGAUUGUGACGCCGAGCACGAGAAUCUCCAUCAAAGAGCGGGAUGACGUCAAGAUACUCGAGAUCGUCGACGUGAUGCGGGAAGACGCCGCUCUCUACAGAGUGACGGCGGAAAACGACUUCGGACGGAUCGAGGCCAGCGCUCGUCUUGAAGUAAUAAACCGAUACGAAUCGACCAGUCGAACAAUCAGAACCAGAAGCGCCUCGCCUAGAACCUAUCCUUCCUUCGACCGUAGUCUCCUUCCGACUACCAGCAGGAUAAACGGACGCUUACAGCUGGAAUGUCGUGUAAAGGAAUCGCCGAGCGUAACGCCGACUUGGUACAGGAACGGACGGCCGUUGGAGCGAUCGGGUAGAAUAAAGAGGUACUUCGAUGGCACGACAGCCAAAAUCGAAAUAUCGAAAGUGAAAGCCAGUGACGCCGGUGAAUACACAUGCGUUGCGACUAACGUCCUUGGGUCGACGAGAAGCAGUUGUCAGGUAACUGUGUUGGAUCCGCACGAUUCGUCUACCGCGGACAAGAGUGCACCGCGGUUUGUGCGAUCACUGCCGGAAGAGACAAUCGUCAUGGAGAACCAUUGUCAUGAAUUUCAAACUGGGAUCACAGGAACAUCUCCUUUCAUGGUCAGUUGGUUCAAAGAUGGCCGCGAAUUGCCCGAUAACGAUUAUUACAAGCACAUUAUAUACGGAGAUGGAGGUGUCGCUCUAAGAUUAUCUGAAGUUCGUCCGCAAGAUGCCGGCGAAUACACUUGCGUUGUGCAAAAUGAUUUCGGUGCCGCAUCAUGCACUAGUCUUUUCGCAGUGCAAGAUUACAAAGAAGUUUCUCAAAUGGCACCGCAAUUUACAAAAACUCCGUUGUCAGUCACCGUCGCUAAGAGAGAUACUGCUUAUUUCUGCGCCCGAGUGCAAUGCGGAAAAACUACGGAAAUUAUCUGGACGAUUAAUGGAAAUGAUGCUCGAGACAACGCGAAGUGUAAAAUUGAAAGGGACGGCAACGUCAGCAUCUUAAGAAUACGCGAUGUAUCGUCACGUGACGCGGGAGACGUUCGAUGCACAGCUUCCGUGAAUGGAAAGGGUCCAUCUGUCAGUUGCGUCGCGAAGCUGCGUUUGCAACGUUCGCCACACGAUCCCGGCGAAUCCGUAGCGAAACCUGAAGGUGUACAAUUCUGUGCACCGGCAAAUUCAAGUCUCAUAAGCGUGUCGGAAAAAAUUCUGGAGCGUUCGUCAUUAAAAUGUCCGAGACAAUGCGAGCAGUCGCCGACUCGCGCCAGAUCGUCUUCGUUUCUUCGGCGAACUGCAUCGUGUGCUAAGGAGUACGUCUCUCCCUUACCAGCGAGAAAACGUGUAUCUAAAAAUGCGUCAAAUGAUGUACAAAAAUUACGAUUCAAAAACGACUUAUCAGCAGAAAGAAAUACAAAGACAAAUUUAAACAAAAAAGUGGAAGUUUCGGAUGAUCUACAGUUGUCUUUAUUGAACGAAAAAGAUACAACUGAAGUUUCCGCAAGAUUGCCAUCGGAAAAUGUGAAACUACUUCACGAUCAAACUACUGACAUCACAGUAGACAAAGAUAAUAUGGAAACGUUAGAGAAAGCUGCGAUAAUAAAAGAGCCAGCUGAUGUUACUGUGUUUAGAGGAAACAAAGCAUUAAUCCGAGUCACUUAUCAAGGUCGCCCCGAACCGACGGUCAAGUGGCUUCGAGUGAAUCGAGAACUGCGCCCGGACGAGAAGACCGAAAUAGUCAGCGGGAACGGCGUGUCUUACCUGACACUGGACCAUGUGACGUACGAUCACGCCGGAAAAUACGAGGUCUCGGUGGAAAAUUCGUUGGGCAAGGAACGAAGAUAUUUCAGCCUGGCCGUCGAAGGUCCGCCCGAGUCACCCGCUGAUAAACCCAGUGCGAUCCGCAGUGCAGAUCGGGUCACGAUCGUCUGGCGAUCGCCACCUUACGACGGAGGUCGCACGGUUACCGGAUACACUGUGGAGGCGAGACACAUCAGCGAAAGCACGUGGACGAUAAUAGCCGAGUCUUGUCACUCGUUAAGUUAUACGACGACUGAAACGAAUUUUAUAACACCGGGUGAGAGCUACCGCUUCCGGAUCCGCGCUGAGAACAUUCACGGACUCAGCGAGCCCGGUAUGGAGUCCGAUUCAGUGAGAAUUCCGAAACAAGGAGAAACAAUGCUCGAAGAGGAAAAAGAAGACGAAUUCGAGCCGAUCUUCGAAGCUCGUGUGGUAGAACCGGAAGCGGGAAAACUUUUUGACGAAAGAUACAAAGUUCUCGAGGAACUUGGAAAGGGCCGAUACGGGGUGGUCAAAAGGGUCACCGAGAUGGCGACGGGAAUGAGUUUCGCUGCGAAAUUCGUCAGAACCAUAAAAGCGAAAGAUCGCGAACAAGUACGCGAGGAAAUCAGAAUCAUGAACAUAUUGAGGCAUCCGAAACUUCUUUUACUAGCCGCUGCUUACGAGAGUCCCCGCGAAACUGUGUUGGUUACAGAAUAUAUCUCAGGUGGAGAACUGUUCGAGAGAGUCGUGGCUGACGAUUUUACUCUAACCGAGUGGGACAGCAUUCUCUUCAUGAGACAAAUCUGUGAGGGAGUCGAAUACAUGCACAAAAACAAAAUCGUACAUCUAGAUUUGAAACCAGAAAAUAUUAUGUGUUGCACGCGAACGUCUCAUCAGAUCAAACUGAUUGAUUUCGGAUUGGCUCAGACUCUAAAACCCGACACUCCGAUUAGAGUGCUGUUCGGUACCCCGGAAUUCAUUCCACCGGAAAUUAUCAAUUACGAGCCGAUUGGCAUCGAGUCGGACAUGUGGAGCGUCGGUGUAAUUUGUUACGUUCUAUUGACCGGUUUGUCGCCUUUCAUGGGGGACAACGAUGCCGAGACCUUUGCCAACAUCACGCGAGCGGACUACGAUCUGGACGACGAAGCUUUCGACGCUAUUUCGGAUAACGCGAAAGACUUUAUCAGCAACUUGCUCAUUAAACGAAAGGAAUUACGCAUGUCGGCCACACAGUGUCUAGACCAUCCGUGGAUGGCGGAACACAACGCGACUGUGAGGGGAGUAGCUCUGCCGACGGAAAAACUGAAGAAGUUUAUCAUAAGAAGAAAGUGGCAGAAAACAGGAAAUGCUAUUCGCGCGUUGGGAAGAAUGGCGAUUCUUUCGGCGCACAGUAGACGCCACAGUCCAACGUCGACAGCGGAAUUGUCGCCGACGCUCGAGCAACAAUUCGACAGCAUUGACAUACAAGAUCCCGAUGAGAAAAUCAAAUCGGUCGACAUUGAUACCGAAGACACGGAACACGAAAGUGCGGUGGAAGAAAAUUCGGCCGAAGCGGAAGCACGUUUGAGUUUUCAUUCCACGUGUGUGACGGAAGUGAAUAUGAUGAUAGAAAAUACACCGGAAGAAGAAGAAGAAGAAGAAGAAAGCGAUUUGAACGGUUCUUCGAAACAGGUCGAUAUCGAGAAAGAAACAUCUGAAUUAGAUACGGAAUUAGUUUCGAAGAUGGAAGAUGAUAGGAGACAAGACGUUGUAACACAUUUAGAAAUUUUAGUGUCAAAAGAGACCAAAAAGCUCGACAAUUUCCCCUCGGAAAUGGAGCAGCAUGCGAGAUCAAAGCCACAGGCGUUGCGCAAAGUGUUUCGAGGAGAUUCGCGCGAUUCCGGAAUAGGCGAUUGCAGUUCGGGCCAAGUAACAUUCUCGUUGCAAGUGGACGAGCAAGGGAUAGUUUCUAUCACCGAAGAAGAGACAGAUCACGAGACUCACACUCGGGAAAACAAACGAACAUUGAUGGAAGAGGAAGAAAAGCGGAAUUUAACUAAGGAGAUUCUGACAAGUUCUUCGACGCAAGGCGAGGACGUUUCUUCUCACGUUACGGAAAGUACUACGGACGAUGGCAAGGUAGCUAGUACAAAGAGUGAUGUGACUAAAGCUUCGUGUGAGACUAAUUCUGUGCGAAAAGUUACCGGCGAGAGUACGGACUCAAGGAUAUUAAGCGAAUGUAACACUCGUGAUAAAUAUCUCCCGACCGGGAACGUGAGUCGCACAGCGAGGAUGUUCGAGAGAGAGAGCGGAACAUCGGACGGUUCGCAGGUUCCCGUGGCGCAACGUGCGUAUCCCACCGCUAUAAUCACAGGAAAGUCGCACAACGAAAGGAUACAGAAAGCAUUCGCGUUCUGGAACAAGUAAAGAUGUUUUUUUUUUUAAUUAGAUUAAAGCGGGCAGACCUUCGAAUCCUUUGCGAGCGACACACACAAAUUGCAUUGUUUGCGAGAAGUCACGGAUGUGUAAAAAAAAUUUUUUUUUUAGGCAAGUGUAGGAGCGUAAUACGUACCGUGUUGAAUCCGUAAUAUAUAUUUGCUCGUUUUUACUAUUCAAAUCUCCAAAUUAUUUUAUUAAAUUAAAUCAACACACCAAUUUGAUGAAAGAGAUACGUAUUAUCGUUGAAAUAAGCAGUUAUUUCUGUAAAAAAUUCAUACUAAAACACUGUACUUUUGUCCGUCAUUUUGCAAGAAUCUGUGAAAAAGUCAAAAGGUUUGUAUCGCGCGAUUGGCAUCUUAAUUUGUUUGUUUUUUUUUUUUUAUUCAAAUGUUAAAUGUAAUUGAAAUAAUAAUUCGAACUUUUUGAGAUUUACUUACGGUUAUUUCAAUUUUUUAAAUAUAAUAUUUCGAAAUAUUUUUUAGAAAUUUUUAUUACUUAUAUAGAGACAAUUGGCACUUACGUUUUAUGCAAAUGCGGGAAAAGUUUUUAGAAAACACGUAUGUACAUAACUGAACACAUGCGAUAUAUCUCGUGAGCAGUUAUAAUGUUAUUAUAUCUAUAUAGCAUAUACUUGACUGGAUGUACACACAUAAAACAACUAUAUGUAUUCUUUAAAAACGUAAACUUAUAUUAUUUAUAAAUGUAUUCAGCAGUUUUAUUGUAAAGAUCUGUAUUAUUACUAUAUAAAGUUAAUUUACAUAGAAAUAUACAUAUAUCAUAUCACAAAUACUUGCGUGUUCUGUUUUAUAAUAAGUCCUUGUCAGAAAAAUAUGAAAAAUAUCGUAUGCAUAACUUUAUAUGUGAUAUGUAUGUUAAACGUACUUAUCCUCACUGCAAUGUUAAACAUACUUAUCUCAAAAUAAUUAA